AUGAGCGCUCCCGCCCAGACACCGUCUUCGGCUAGAGACGAGGCCGUCGAGAUCGUCCUGUCCCUCACUGUUCCGGAGGAUAAGGAGCACGCCGCCAUCAAUGACAUUGUCAGAUUCCGCAAUCAGCUCUGCGACAAGCAUGGUCAUUUCUCGGGCUACAUCACCAGAGAGGGUCAUGGUAAAUAUGACAUCGUGAACACUCCUGCCGCUCGUGUGCCAAACGACGAUGCGCCGAGCGGCCAAGACGCGGAGGAGAUGACGCCGUCAGAGCGACGCAAGGCCGAUUCGUUUGUGCGCCUCCGCGAGCUGCAGUGGAUCAUCGAAAACUUUGUCGAGGAUCCUGACAAGCGUCUCGAGGCUCUAGCCUUGCUGAAGGCCAUUAAGGACUGGAUCGAGAGCAAAGAAGCGGACGACAACGAGGACAACGACGACGAUCAUGUCGAUCACGCUGAUGAUUAG